AUGGCUUGGCGUAACCAAUUACUUACCGGACUAUGGUCGCUCAAGUACAACGACAUAAAUAGUGAAACCUGGUAUCGCAUCGGCGAGGUAGACCAACGACAGUGCAUGGAGCAGAUCCUACACUUGCAGCCUGCGUUUACAGAGGUGGUAACCUGGGACAAUGGAGGCGAAAGCCACUAUAUCGGAAACCUACGGGAAGAAGGAUACACCAUGGCACCCAAGAUCCUCCAGUAUGCCAACAUGGCCGACGGGCCACACUACGCCUGGCAGCCACUGAUCACAUGGUUAAAUACAGCGUUCAAGAAUGGCAAGACGGCGGACAAGAUAGAGGCUUCAGGCAGUGCCAGUGAGCCCAUUGGAGUCAUGUGGUACCGCGGCAUGUUAGACUUGCUCUGCGAACAUACCAUCUAUUGCGGCUUCGGCGGUUGA